GUAUUUUCCAAAGAAAAUUUGGGUAUAUAGAGAAAUUUUGGGUGUACUUAAAACAACCUUCUUUAUUUCGCAAUUUUCGUUCUAUUAUUUUUCAUUCUGUUGUUCCUUUGGAUCUCUGAAGCAGCAGACAGUUCCUUUAACGACAAUCUCUCUCUGAAUCUCUGAUCAAUCUUCAAUACCAUUCUCAAGAAUAUUACCUGAAAUGGCUGGAGGACUAAUCCACCAAGUCUUAAGGAGGAAGCUUCAAUCUCAGUCAGCUGUUCCAGCAUUAUCGUGGCUUACAUCAAGGAAAGCUAAUGAGGACGCAGGAUUUGCUGGUAAGAGGACAGUUGCACUCCUUGGAGCUAGUAUUUCAGGUUUUCUAGGUUUUGCAGCGAUAGCAUCUGCUGAUGAGGCAGAACAUGGGUUAGAAGUUCCAAAUUAUCCUUGGCCUCACAAGGGCAUCCUCAGUUCAUAUGACCAUGCUUCGGUCCGUCGUGGUCACCAGGUGUACCAGCAAGUGUGUGCAUCCUGCCACUCUAUGUCUCUUGUAUCAUACCGUGAUUUGGUGGGUGUUGCAUACACAGAAGAGGAGACAAAGGCUAUGGCAGCUGAGAUUGAGGUGGUUGAUGGACCUAAUGAUGAGGGUGAGAUGUUUACUCGUCCUGGUAAACUCAGUGACCGUUUUCCUCAGCCAUAUGCAAAUGAACAAGCAGCUAGGUUUGCCAAUGGAGGAGCUUAUCCUCCAGAUCUAAGUCUCAUUACCAAAGCUCGUCAUAAUGGCCAGAAUUAUGUGUUUGCCCUUUUAACUGGUUACCGUGAUCCUCCUGCUGGUGUUGCGAUUCGAGAGGGGUUACACUAUAACCCUUACUUCCCCGGGGGAGCAAUCGCCAUGCCUAAAAUGCUUAUUGAUGGUGCUGUGGAGUAUGAAGAUGGUACCCCUGCAACAGAAGCUCAGAUGGGGAAAGAUGUGGUGUCAUUUUUGUCGUGGGCAGCAGAACCAGAAAUGGAAGAAAGGAAGCUGAUGGGUUUUAAAUGGAUAUUUGUAUUGUCAUUGGCAUUACUUCAAGCUGCUUACUACCGGCGUUUGAAGUGGUCUGUUUUCAAAUCUCGCAGGCUCGUUGUUGAUGUUGUCAACUAGCCUCCCCCCAGUUUCCUCAUACUAAUGUGAUUUUUGGAGAUUUGAUUCGGCAAUAAUUGCUUAUUGGGAUGAUCUAGGUUCUGCCAUGACCAGUUGGUUAUUUUCUCGAAUGGUAAUGGAGUGAACUGAUGAGUCCUUUUUCCAACUUGAGAAGAAAUAAGCUACUAGACAAACAUUCAUUGAUUUUUGCUUCUAGACUUGAAUUUUUGUUAAAUCACCUUUUCAAUGCAAUUUCUUAUGGUUGGAUAAUUGAUCACUGUUCUCAGUGCUCACUAAAGUUUGUUAUUCAUAUAUCUGUGAAUGGAAUUGGAAUCAG